AUGGGAGACAUGGUACAACACUUCCGGGACCCCAACGUCCAGUCAGCCGUCAAGAACCUGAUGAUCUACAGCUUAACCAUCUUGGCAGUCCCAUUGGGAUCCAUGUUUUUCUUGAAAAAGUUUUUAUUUGAAGGUGGGUAUGGUGUUUUUAUUCGAAAUUUUAAACUAACAAGUUUAUUUUUAAGGCAUAUUUGAUUAAAAACGUUAAUUUUAUGGCAAUUUUUGAAAAUUUGAAAAAUUUUUUAAAUCGAAAAAUCUUAUCAAAGACUCUUAUCUUUUUUUUAAAGCUGCCCUCGGUUAUUCGAAUGACACAUCCAUGACAUAUUCGGCUAUUAUCGCGGUUAUACUGGUACAUGUGGUGCUGAUAUUCUGGUUGGUCGAUGCAUGCAAAGACGAUCGACCAAAGAAGUUGGAAAAGAAAGACUAA